AUGCUUCCUUGGGUGGCAUUUAUCCUGAGCCAGUCCAAACUUGAUCCAAUAAUUAAAGCGGGGGAAAAGGACAAAAUUGAUAUUGAAUCGGAGAGUAUGGCUGAUGCCAAACUCAUCGACAUCUAUCGCUCUCGGCAUAAUAUAACUGCAUCGACUGGGCUGAGUGAUCCAGCUGUUGCCACAGGGAUUUCUGAUCUUAUGUAUGAAACUACUAAAGUGACACCUACUGAGCCCGAUGUACUUGAUGACGACCUAGUAAAUGCUUGGGCAGCGAACCUGGGUGACGAUGACAUGUGGGGAAAUAAUGCUCCUGCAAUGAAUAGGGUUAAUGAGUUUCUUGCUGGUUCUGGUACUGAUGCCCCCGAUGUUGAGGAGAACAUUAAUUCUAGACCUUCUAUGAGCUAUGAUGAUAUGUGGGCAAAGACCCUGUUAGAGACGUCCGAAAUGGAGGAGGAUGAUGCGAGGUCAUCCGGGACUUCUUCCCCUGAUUCAAUAGGAUCAGUUGAGACAUCAAUAUCAUCCCACUUUGGUGGAAUGAACUAUCCAUCAUUGUUCAGUUCAAAACCAUCCACCUAUGGGUCUUCACAACCCACGGACAAACCGGCUAGCAGAUUUGGUUAUCCUUCAACAUAUGAGGGUCCUGGUUCUCCGGUUAGAGAAGAACCUCCGCCAUACACAUCACCUGUCAUGCAAAGGUAUGAGUCAUUUGAGAAUACCUUAGCUGGGCCUGGUUCACGCAAUUUCAGAUCCCUCGAAGGGGAGCGGGUGUCUUCAAGUAAUGCACAGUUUGGAACAGCGCUUUAUGACUUCACAGCCGGCGGCGAUGAUGAGAAGGUUUGGAUGAUUAAUGAUAGAAAUCCUUUCUUGCAGCUAAAUUUAACAUCAGGUGAAGAGGUCGAAAUUGAGUACGAAGUAGAUGGCUGGUUUUAUGUAAGUGAGGCUGCCCUAUAUCGAGUGCAGUACUCUGCUUGGUGGGUGAGCUCAAGAAUCAUUUCCAUGGUGAAGAAAAAACGCCCUGGUAGGGAUGGGAAAAUGGCUGGGCUUGUUCCUGUCCUCUAUGUGAGCCAAUCUUGA